AUGCUGCACGCCAUGUUUUCUGGAAGAUUUGACACAAAACCUGGCGAGGAUGGAUCUUACUUUAUCGAUCGAGAUGGAACACACUUCCGACAUAUCUUGAAUUAUCUUCGCACUGGAAAACUUAUGCUACCAGAUGACAAAAUUGUGCGUAACGAAUUACUAACCGAAGCCGAGUUUUACCAGAUCGAAGGAAUAAUUGAAGAUUUGAGAGCAAGGCCGUUCAAGGCUUCUACGAUCCUUUCAUCAGAGCAACGAAAACAACUGAUCGACUUCCUGAAGGAAACCAUCGAAAGUGCAAGUGACGACUACGUUUUGUUAUACCGCGCUUCCCAGAAUGGUUGGACAGCUGCCAACUUUCACUCUUGCUGUGACGGCAAAGGACCCACAGUUACAGUAAUCAAGAGUGGGAACUACGUGUUUGGAGGAUACACUGAAGAACAAUGGGAUCAACCUGCUGGAGGAGCCAAUUACAAAGAAGCUCCUGAGUCUUUCCUGUUCAGCCUUGUCAACCCAAACAGUUUACCCCCUUCAAAGAUACCACUAAUAACUGGAAAAGAGGGGAAUGCAAUCUACUGUCACAAUGGGUAUGGGCCCACAUUUGGAAGUGGCCAUGACCUUCGUAUUGUCAAUGCUCCAAACUCUAACAACUGCAGUGUCAGCCUGAAUAACUCGUACCAGUGUCCUACCGGUCAGAAUGCUGCCACAUUUCUUCAAGGGAACCAGAAUUUCACCAUUAGUGAAAUGGAAGUUUUUGGCUUUGAGAAGCAGUGAAAAUGCUUUGAUAUAAUUCUGCAAUUGGGGCGAUCGGUACUGCUUUCCAGAAAAUUGUGUCUUUUUCAUGUUUUUCUUAUAAUUACAUUGAUAAAAUGGUCGAUCGGUUUGUCAUUUUAGAAUAGGGUUCAGUUGUUACCGAGACCUGAGGGCAGAAUUCUUAGAAUAAACUUCUGGGAAACUUG